GGGAACGGCGGCCAGCUCUCGCGAGUCUUCCCUGGAGUCGGAGCGCGGGGCCGGGUAGUAAGCAAAGCUGUAGUUUAGGGCGAGAAACAUGUCGGAUUCAGAGCUCGGCAGGAAGUGGGACCGGUGCUUGGCGGAUACGGUCGUCAAGAUAGGUACUGGUUUUGGAUUAGGACUUGUUUUCUCACUUACCUUCUUUAAAAGGAGAAUGUGGCCGCUGGCCUUCGGCUCCGGCAUGGGACUGGGCAUGGCCUACUCCAACUGCCAGCACGACUUCCAGUCUCCGUACCUGCUGCAUGGGAAGUAUGUCAAAGAGCAGGAGCACUGACCCCACCUGAGAACACCCCAGUGGGAGGCGAAGAGAAGUCAUGUUUAUUCCUCAGGAACCCUGAAGUGCUCUGGAGUAAGCCGACAUUCUUCUGUAGCGAUGUUUUCAGCAAUGCUUUAAACUCCAGCACACUGUUUAUGUAUUUGAAACCAAGGCUGUUUCUUGUUUUGUAUUUUCUCUCUGGAAAUUGCAAGGAGGUGGUCUUAGAAGAAAUAAAUUAAACAGAAAUGGGCA